AUGAAUUUAUACGGCUUUUUACUAUCUGUUUGGUCUGUCUGCAGCCUCAUUUUACAAGCGCUCGCCUACAGUGAUGAAGUCGUAAUGGUCAAGUCAAUUGAGCAAUACUUCGACAUAUGCAAUAGAAACAAUUCAUACACAAUGAUUAAGUACUACACCUCUUGGUGCCAUCAUUGCAAGACACUGGCUCCCGUGUACGAAGAACUUAGUGAGUUAUACGCCAAGAAAGUUAAUGAGGAGGACACCGCAAUUAACUUCCUUGAAGUUAAUUGUGAAGUAUUCGGGCCGACCUUAUGUACCGACUUGCCAGGAUUUCCCAUCAUUGAACUAGUGAAACCUCGCACAAAACCCUUGGUUCUUCCCAAGCUGGAUUGGGCCUCUAUGAAGUUCCAUGAAAGGUUAUGGCAAAGAAUAAAGACAUGGUUCCAUAAUCCUAAAUAUCAACUAGAUCCAGCCAGGAUUGUUCGUUUUGAAGGCAGCCGGAACAUAAAGAGCAUAAGCAACUUUAUCGACGCUGUGAGAAGCACGGACGCAGAAAACAGAUUGAUUGAGCAUAUCUUUGAUGAUUCCGCAAACUGCGGUGACGAAUUGCCUUCCCAACAGGUUCUAUGUAGGGCUGGUAAAGAAUACUACCAUACGACUCUAUCUGAACUGUAUGAAGACGUGGAUAGUUUGAGAAAGGAAAGGCAGAGAUUAGAAAGUUUAGUGAGGCGGAAUAUGGAUGACUCAAGUGAAGACAUCAAGGACAAACUGAAAAUCAUCCGUUUGCAAUUGAAAUUACUAUCGCACAUGGAAGAUCGGUUACAUUCUACAAACAUUCAUGACGAACUCUAA